AUAUGAUUAAAAAAGAGAAACUAGGGGUCUUGAUUAGAUGAAUUAUUAAUUAAUUUCAAUUCUUAUCCAAGCUCUUACCCCAACAUAUUCCUCGGUUUACUUUUACAUGAAUUCACAUUUUCCCCAAACAAAACAAAAGAAAAAUCAAAUCUUUAAUCAAUCAAAAACCCCAUAUAUAAAACGUUCUCUAUCUUAAGCACCACACCAAGAGAAAUCACGAACCUUCCUGUUUACCCCUUUUCUUGCCUACAAUCGAAGGAACUCGCCCUUUAUUAUCUCAUCUUUCUUUUCGAUUAUCAUCAAACCCUAGUUGAUUUAAGGGUUUUUCUGCUUUUGGGUAACUUAAUUUUGGGUCUCAGUUGAUCUUGUUUCGCUGGAUGGCUUCUGGAUCUUCAAAAGGGUUUGAUUUUGCAUCGGACGAUAUUCUUUGUUCAUACGAAGAUUACGCUAAUCAAGAAGGUUCUAACGGAAAUCACUCUGAUUCCGCGAUCGUCACUAAUCCCGCUAAACAGGAAUUCCACAAAAGCAGAAUGGCAAGAACAUCGGUAUUCCCUGGUUCUUCAUACAGUCCACCUGAUGAUUCUGGCAACCAAGAAGUGCUUAUUUCAGCUGUCGAGAGGUCCAUGAAGAAACAUACAGACAAUCUUAUGCGUUUUCUUGAGGGGCUUAGUUCACGUCUAUCACAACUCGAGCUUUAUUGCUACAAUCUUGAUAAAUCAAUUGGGGAAAUGCGUUCUGAUUUGACACGUGAUCAUGGUGAAGCCGAUGUUAAGCUUAAGUUUCUCGAAAAACAUCUUCAAGAGGUACAUAGAUCGGUACAAAUUUUGAGAGAUAAACAAGAACUUGCGGAUACUCAAAAGGAACUAGCGAAACUUCAACUUGCACACAAAGAAUCAUCAUCGAGUCAUAACUCACAACAAAAUGAGGAGCGAUCUUCAACACCCGAUACCAAAAAAACCGAAAACUCACCCGAUCCACAUAGUCAACAAUUAGCCCUAGCCCUACCCAGUCAAGUACAACCUGGGUCUGUACCUGGGUCUGGGUCCAGACCGUCAUCACCUCAAGUCUACCCGCAGUACCACAAUGCUGGCCCCGUUGAACCACUCCCGCAAAGUAUGCCUUACUCCGGCGGUCCACCGCUCGGUUCUAGCCAAGCCAUGACAUACGCGUACGGUGGACCGGUCCAAACACCGCCGCAGCCGCCUCAGCCACAGCAACCACCGCAGCAUCUGAAGCCGGCGUUCGGAGGACCGCCAGGCGACGGGUAUGCCGCCGGUGGGCCGCCGCCGCCAGGCUACAUGAUGUACGAUGGCGAACCGGGAAGGGUCCCACAUCCUCAACAACAACAUUCAAACCAAAUUGGUCAUUUCCCACAACCCGGUUAUUCUCAAAACCCGCAGCAAGUUAUGCGCCCUACACAACGGUUUACACCAAAUCAUCCGUACAAUGAAGUGGUGGAGAAGUUGGUAAGCAUGGGGUACAGAGGCGACCAUGUUAUGAGUGUGAUUCAGAGGUUGGAUGAAACCGGGCAGACGGUUGAUUUUAACGUGGUGCUUGACCGGUUGAACGGGCACUCCUCGGGCGGGUCGAGAGGGUGGUCCGGGUAA